GCAAAAAUUUAGGCGGCAAAUAGAGAAUUAUUCCGCCAAAACUAAGCGGGAAGCCAGCAAAUCCACACACAUAACCCAAAUUCUCACUGCAAAAUCGAUUCACCGUGAGAGAAAUUGUGUUGGUCUUUCAUUCCACUCGAAUCUCAGAUUGGUUCCAAGUUAAAUUCAGAUGAUUUUCACUGAUUGGCGUCUUAAAAAUCUCACAGAAAGUGAAUCACUCGUUUAUAUUGCUUAAAAUAGUUUCUCGACACUUGAUUCGAGAGGUUAUAUGUAGUUUUUGCUUGAUUUUUGGCCCAAUUUAAAAAAGUUCGAGAUCUCCUUUUGUAUCUAUUGGGUGUAUUUUCUUGGUUGAAAAAAAAGACUAAUUCAUUGCAUCUAGCUAUGGCGGGAGUUGAGCCGAUGAAAAUCGACCCUGCGGCGGAUGAAAUGAAGCGGAAAUCGGACGGUUCGGACCAGAAGAAGAGGCCACAGAAAAGGAAAAGGUUGGAGCCAUGUUUGUACGCUGUAAGCCCGGGUGAGAAACAGGCGAAAAUCGACGCAUUGCGCGGUGAAAUCAAUAGCCUUGUUAGAUUUGGUAAAGAUUUAGCGUGUAGAAGCAGAGAGGUAUUGGUCGAAAAUGUGGAGAAAGUAGGGUUUUCUUCUGCUCCUCUGAAUAGUGUGAUUGCGUGUUUAAUGGAGGAGAGCGAUCUUCCAUUGUCGACACUCGUGGAUGAAAUAUUUGAGAAAGUUAAGGGUAGGAUUGGAAAUGGCGACACUGUUACUAGAGCUAGUGUGAAGAGUAGUGUGCUUAUGAUUGGGCAGAGAUUGUGUUAUGGUGUGGCUAGUGCAGAUGCAGAUCUUUUAGAGGAUGAGGCGGAGCAUGCUCUUUGGUUUUGGGAGACUAGAGACUUGAAACUGAUCCCAAAUUCAGAGCGUGCAUCAGUGAAAGUUCGCCGUACUUGCCGGAAAAAAACUCAGGAGAGAAUUGCAGCUGUUACAGCAAUGAUUAGUGCCCUUGAAAAGCCAGAGGACCAUCCAAAUCGCCCGCAGGAUUUGGCAAAAGCUUUGGAAAAGAUUGGUAAAGUUCUAAAUGAGACAGAUAUUCGGAUGUUAAUGCAGAACUUGUCACAGAAAAAUGCUGCUGAAAUGGCUGAGAAAGAAGUCAAGAAAGAUGAAAAAAUGUUAAUCAAGCAAAUGGAGAAGGACAAACAAGAAAUGGAAAAGGCAAAGAAGAAGAGAGAGAGGGAACUUCAGAAGGAAAUGCUGCAGAAUGAAAAAGAACAGAAGCGCUUGCGAGAAGAGGCAGAGAAGGAGGAAAGGCGCCGUGAGAAAGAAGAAAGUGACAUGCAGAAACAACUGCGGAGGCAGCAAGAGGAGGCAGAGAAAGAUAAAAAACGCAAGGCCAAAGAAGAAGCUGAACUGAAAAAGCAACUUGCCGUUCAGAAACAAGCAUCAAUGAUGGAGCAGUUUCUUAAAAGAAAGAAAUCUACUUCUUCUCAAAAUGACAGUUCUUCAAACAAAGCCACCACAUCUAUGCCAUCUCCAAACCUGGUUGAACUAGAAUCUGAAACUGUUACAGAAAAGAUGGACUCUAUUUUGGUUGGAAAUGCUGAAAUUGAGGCCAAAGCUAUCUGGAAGUCACACUUGAAUUCAUGGCGCCACAUCGGAAACUCUAUUCGUUCAAAGAAAGUUCACUGGGGCAUGCGUCAGAAGCCUAAGACUGAGCUGGUCAAGGAACUUAAGCUUACAACUAACACUGAAAUACCUAGUGAUGAGCUCCAAGUUGAAGAGAAGAAUGUGGAUGGAUCAACUGACCUCAAUAUUCAUGGAAGACAGUCUCAAAUUACCAUCGACCGGCCUCUUUCUCAAAGCCAAAAGAGAAAACGCAGUAAGCAGCUAUUGCAAUUUGAUAAGAGCCACAGACCUGCAUUUUAUGGUGUUUGGCCCAAAAAAAGUCAAGCUAUUGGAGGGCGCCACCCUUUGGCAAAGGAUCCAGAUAUAGACUAUGAGAUUGACAGCGAUGAGGAGUGGGAAGAGGAAGAACCUGGUGAAAGCCUAUCUGACUGUGAGAAGGACGAGGAGGAUGAAAGCAUGGAUGAGCAGCAAAAGGUUGAUGAUGAAGAUGAAAGUGAAGAUGGAUUUUUUGUUCCAGAUGGUUAUCUCUCGGAAAGUGAGGGAGUACAGGCUGAUGAGAUGGAAUGUGAUGAACUAGUCGAGGAAGCGAGAGAUCAUCCUGACAUCAAAGAGCAAGUACAGAGUGAAGAAUUUUGCUCCCUGCUCCGACAGCAGAAGUAUUUGAAUAAUAUGACAGAGCACGCGCUUAAAAAGAAUCAGCCCUUGAUCAUAUUAAAUCUUAUGCAUGAAAAGACCACAUUGUCACCAGCUGAAGAGCUAUCUGGUUCAGAGAAACUCGAAAAAAUGUGCUUGCAAGCUCUUUGUAUCCGUCCUUUGUUUGAUUUCCCCGCAACAGAAAUAUCAAUUAAUAACAAUGAGGUAGAUGAGGAUUUAGAAUCUUUACCAAACAAAUCAACUCCAACACCUUCAACUGCUGCUGCUGGUAUACCUGAUUCAGACUUGCCUCAGAUUAUUUCCAUCAUCAAUUCAUGUCCACAUGGCAUUGCAAAACUAUCCGAUGCUCUACAUAAUACGUUCCCGGCUUUUUCAAAAUCUCUACUGAGAAAAAAAGUCCGCGAAAUAUCAGAUUUCUCAGAAAAUCGUUGGCAGGUCAAGAAAGAAAUCUUGAACAAGUUUGGCAUAUCUAUAUCACCAGAAAGGAAGUCUCUCAAGGCAAAGGGCAUAGCCUCAUUCUUCUCAAAAAGAUGCUUGCCUCCAUCUAAGAAUACCACUAUGAAUGUGAGCCUGACAUUGCCUCAGCUGCCACAGAAACAUGCAGCAGCUAUUGCCUCCUCAGAGCAGGACUGCUUGAACGAGCAACGGUGAAUGGGAAUAGGGUAUUUCUUUCUUCUGCUUUUGCCCAUUGCAUGUGUAAAUUAGGUAGUGAUCCAUCAUUCUGUGUUUGGUGACAGUUUCUGCUUUUCGAAAGUGAACUAUGUGCUAGAAAUAGUGUAGAGCAGGUAUGCAUAGAGUGAUGAUGCUCAUGGUUUCGAAACUGCCGGUUCUGGUUCGUUACUGCUGGUUCGGUUAAAACUGAGCAACACUAGGUAUGCAUAGGGAUUGUUUGGGAGGAUAGAAAAUGAAUUGAGUUGAGUUUAAUAAUACUCUCUAGUAUACUAGUAUCGCUUUUGGAGUUCAAUUUUCUUGUUAUUCUUUGAGUUUGGGAUCUUAUUAAGCAUUUUGCAAAA